AUGGAGAGGGAACCAUUGGGAAUCAAGGAGAUGAGCUCCAAAGGGUUUGGGCUACAAUCGCUGAUGGGAUACUCUUCCUCAAGGUCUAAGGCUGCUCAAAUCAGGAGCCCAGUGUUGAGAUAUGUGCACAAGGCUCUUGCCAACACCUUCUUUGCAAGGAAGGCACUGGGACAAUCAAUGAGGGAGAACUGGAGUCCAUUUGGACAAGAGAAGGUCUACUCCAGCAGGUGGAUGGACAUCAAGUUUUGCAAGACCAACCUCUUCAUUGAACACAAGGAGUUGGAUGGGAGGUUCCAAUUCAAGUUCACUCAUCCCUUGGCUGGCCCUCCAAGCUUCUUCUGCCCAACCCUGAGCUCACCACGGUCUAGGAGGUACAACAUUGACUUCAGACCCCCUGUGUACACUUAG